AAAAGUCUGGAACAAAAAAAUUCCAGGGUUUUAAAAAAGGUCUCUCCCUUGUCGCCGUUCCUUCUUCCUCUGUGAUCAAAUCGGCGAAAUGGGUCACUCCAAUGUGUGGAACUCUCAUCCGAAGAAGUACGGCCCUGGAUCCCGCACCUGCCGUGUGUGCGGGAACUCGCACGGGCUGAUCAGGAAGUAUGGAUUGAACUGCUGUAGACAGUGCUUCCGCAGCAAUGCUAAGGAGAUUGGAUUCAUCAAGUACCGUUAAUGAGAGGCACCUAAGUUCUUUGAUUGAAUCGUAUAAUAUAGACAAACAUGAAUUGGCUUUAAAGACGCUUUCAAGUUGUUGUUGUUGCAUUUAUUGUUAUUUUCAAGUUGUUGCCAUUUGUCUCUAAUUAAAGCUUUUGUAAUAUUUGGAGUAAUGAUGUUUAAGUUAUUCUUGUUUUUUUUUUUCUUUUUAUCAAGUCGUAUUUUGGUU